AUGUCGUCGUCAUAUGGCCUUGGGCAAGUAUGGAUCGAGUGGUUCUGGUCCGUUGGCAACUUGAAACUCACCAGCGCAGCUCCUGUGAAGCGCAUAGGCCCACAACUAUCAUAA